AAGUGAAACACUGCAGCGAGCAGCGAUUCUGGUCUGGUAUAGUGUAUCGUAUGUGCGAAACGCGGUACGAGCUGCGAGUAACAAAGCGCUGGCGUCGCGUCUGCGCGAGUUGACCAAUCUCCAAUCUCAGUCGCACUAGUCGCAGUAUCGCAUGACCACGUCGAACGAAACAAAACAAAAGCUUCGAGCGUAGCGGUUUAGCUACCACGUGCGCGUUCGAAAAAACGAAUUGUAGAAGUUCCCGGCAUAUUUUAUUCCGAGUUCGUAUUAGAACGUUCGGCGUUCGAGUGACGAUCAUCGUCGAUUUAUUCGAUUUCCGAAGGUCGCUCAAAGACGAAAAAACAAAGAAUCAGGAUGAAUGGAAAACGUUUUGGUGGCAGGGACGAGUGCGCGGUACCCACAUUCGGAUGUCCCAUGGCCAAUAAUGGAUGGGUGCAGUGCCCAUCAAAAACUUUCCCUGGCAAAUAUUAUUACUUCAACGUAGAUUCUCGCUGCAGAACUUGGGGACGACCAGUUUCGUCUCACGUUACAGUGCCAAUCGUAAAUCCGACUAUGCCAAAUUUCCAAUGCGACGUUUAUGACGUUGACGAAUUCGACGAAGUUUCGGACAUCGAGGAGGACGAUCCGUUGCAAAUUUCUGCGAAGAGAAGAAAAACAUAUGACGAAAUAUUGUUCAAACUUUAUCACUGUGAGGCUGACGACGAGAUUGCUGAUGUUUUGUCAAGCGCGGUCACACCGUUCGCUUGUGAAACUCAAUUUAUCAAAGAAGAGGUGGAAACGAAAGAUGAAUUUUUGUCGAUUUUUCCUGAAAUCUGUUACUCGAGCUCUUCCGAUUCUGAAUCCAUCGACGGUGGUGGAAUUAGGAGGAAUCAAUGUCGAUUGAAACGAUCACACAGCUCGAGAGUCAUUGAGAAUCGAGUGAAGAAAUCUGAAAUCGCUUACGAUCGUUUCGGCCGAUUGAAUUUAUGCGGGAGCGAAAAUUCGACCGAUCGACAAUUUUACAAGCGCAGACUACCAGCUGAUUUUUCGUUGUUGAAAUAUCAUGAAGGUUCUUCGGAUUACGAUGGAGAAACCGAGGAUGAAGAGGAUGAAGAUUUCGAGGAUAACAUAAAAAUGGAACGCGGAGAAAUCAACGAUAACGUGAAACUCGAACACACGUCAUUUUCUUUGCCUCGACUAAAAGUUAUACAACUUUCUGAUUUGAUAAAUGAGCCAACGAGGCAUGGAAAUCCGCUGCAGAAAAAAGCGUCGAAUCGCAAAGUUCGAAAAGCCGCUACGGUUACAGAGGAGACGGAAAAUCCACAGCCAAACAAAAUAAAAACAUUCAUUCACGAGAUCAAUGGAGUGAAAACGAUCAGCUACGAUUUUGUUGCUCCGGAACUUCCACCUGGAGUUAAAGCCUCUAAUCUGAGUGAUUCCGAAGUUAGCACUAUCGAAACGGCCCUUUUCGCUCAGGAUAAAAACAGGACGAUGAAAAAAGAGGUCAAAAUCGAACCACCAGGUCAACGAGAUUUCCCACUCCAGAAUGAGCUUUUCAACAACAUCAAAGUUCCAUGCUUGAGCGAAUCUUCAGCUUCCAGUUCUUCCUCAAGCUUGAGUGGCACUUCGAGUGAUUCUGAAUCGAGCUCCAGCCACAAAAGCGAAUCGUCGAGUGAUUCCAGUGAUUCGAGCGAUUGUUCGUGCUCGAAUUGUUCAAGUUCGACGAGCAGCUCGGCAUCGCUUCAAUCGUUUUCUCACAAAGUUAAGAAAGAAGUACCCGACUCGGGAGAUAUGUCGACUCCUAUCAAACAAGAAAAUUCAAUGGGAAAAAUCCUAAAAAAUUUUCCGAUUUGCGAGAAAAUGAUCAAAGUUGAGGCGACCAUGUCACCUUCUUCCUCCAACUCCGAUAAAUCGUGGAAAAUCCUUGAUAACUCAUCCGAGGAUGAUGAUUAUUAACGCGUUUUUUUACUUGAUUUUAAACUGCCAUAUUUUUUACCCUACUUUUCAUACUCUUUGACAUUUUUUAUUUUUUAUAAACUCACCUUCUUUUAAUUAGCUUUAAUGACUACGAUAAAUCUUAUUUUUUUUACUCUUACUUACAAUAAAUAGACAUCAUGGCCAGAGGAAUAAUUUCUUUCGACGGUUUUUUAUAAGUAUUCUUAAAAACGAUCGAUGCAAUAGUCCGUAAAAUAAUGAAUGGAAUGAAUUCUCAUCGAAAUUUGAUAUUUUUAAUAUGUUCAGAACCCAACUAAUAUUAUUUCGCGCCACUUCAUAAGAAGGUGAGGUCAAUGAAUUCUUCCUCGGAUAAAGUAAGUUUCUAGUGCAUGAACAGGGAGGAAUAUUCGAAUGGAUUUUGAUGAUUCAAGGAGAUUUCAAAUUUUGUUGAAUAGGAAAAAUUGAACGAAUGACUUGGACAAAAUACAUAAACUCAAAAAUA